AUGGCCAAGGGACGUUCCUUCAUUAUUGGGGUCGGUAUGACAAAGUUUGUCAAACCAACUUCAGAGGUUGAUUACCCAAAAAUGGGCCGCGAAGCUAUUACCAAGGCCCUCCUAGACGCCCACAUCACGUACAAUGAGGUUCAGCAGGCAGUGGCAAGCUACUGCUACGGUGACAGCACUUGCGGUCAACGGGUGCUGUAUCAGCUCGGCAUGACCCAGAUCCCAAUCUACAACGUCAACAAUAACUGUGCAUCGGGAUCGUCCGCCAUUGUGCUAGCUCGGAAUUUGGUCAGUCACGGUGCGGCUGGCUGCGUACUCGUUGUCGGUUUUGAAAAGAUGUCUACUGGCAGUCUCGGCGCCAAUUUCCAUGACCGUGCUGAUCCGUUGGGUCCAGUGGCGGCGAUGUCAUCUCGGAUCAACCGAAACUAUGAUGGUGUUUCGGAUCAAGUACCGUUUGCUAUACGGAUGUUUGGUGACGCUGCGCGGGAAUAUAUGCAGCUAUAUGGCGCGGAGUCUGAUGAUUUUGCGGAGAUUGCACGAGUUAAUCAUGCCCAUUCAAGAAACAACCCGUACGCGCAAUUUAGGGAUGUCUAUUCUAUGGAGGAGAUCAAAGGCUCACCCACGAUAUAUGCGCCUCUGACCAAGUUGCAAUGUUGCCCGACAAGUAAUGGGGCCAGUGCUGCAGUUGUGGUUUCGGAGUCAUUUUUGAGCUCCCAUCCGCAGCUAUGGCCUCAGGCUGUUGAAAUUAUCGGGCAGAGUAUAGUGACCGACUCUCCGGCCACAUAUAACGGAUCGGCGAUGAACGCAGUGGGCUACGAGAUGUCCAAGAAAGCGGGUGCCAAUGCCUUGCGCGAGGGUGGCGUGUCAAUUACCGACGUGAAGAUAGUUGAACUCCAUGACUGUUUCUCCAGCAGUGAGAUGAUUACACUGGAUGCGCUUGGUCUCGCAUCUCAUGGAAAGGCACACGAGUACGUGCGUCGAGGGGGCCUGACAUUUGGAAGCGGAGCGGCCAUCAUCAACCCGUCGGGGGGUCUUCUCUCCAAAGGGCAUCCACUAGGUGCGACGGGCAUCGCACAAUGUGCCGAGCUUGUUUGGCAUCUUCGAGGCUGGGCAAAUAAUAGGUACAUACCAUUGAAAUCGAAUGAGGUGACUCUACAACAUAAUGUUGGGCUUGGAGGGGCUGGAGUCGUGACUAUUCUACGUCGAGCAGAUUGUAAACCAAACACCAAGAUGACAGACAAGGAGGUGGCAGAAAUAACAGGCAUAGGAUAUAAUCCAGCCACCGAAGCAAGACCCCUUACCGUGGAGCAGGCACAGAAGGUUCGGGCUCUUGAGAGGAGUGAUUGGAUGUUUCGAUAUAAGCAAGAGGGCAGCGCGAGACCUAAUAUCUGA